UUUUCUGGCUGUAAAAUUUUCAAAACUCAACCAACAACGGACAACCAGCGAGUAUUGGAGGGUGAAGCUUCUUCUCGUUAUUCGGGAGGAAAGGACAACAAUGAUGUUUAUCAACAACAUCAACAAUCACAACAACAACAACGUCCUAUUAGCAUUCAUUCUACGACAACAACAACAACAACACAACAACAGCAACCACCACCACCACCACCAACAACGUCCACCACAUUAUCAUCAUCAAUAUAUGGCCGUAAUAAUAACAGCGGCGGUAGCAGCAGCACCAGUAGCGGUUCCGGUAUUUUAAUUCGUAGAUUUGCUCCUCCGAAUAAUCAAAGAGAUGCAUGCGAUAAUCCUCAAAUUGUUUAUAAAGUUCGUGGAAUAUUGAAUAAAAUAACACCGGAAAAAUUUGAAAAAUUAAGCCAAGAAUUACUUGAUCUUGGCCUUGAAUCAGAAGAUGUUCUUACUAGAGUUUUAUUAUUAAUAUUUAAUAAAGCAUUGGAUGAUUACAAAUAUAGUUGUAUGUAUGCAAAAUUAUGUAAAGUAAUCAAUGAUAAUGUUUCCAAAUAUUAUGAACAAAAUUACAACAAAAAUGUUUUCAAAAUAUUAUUGCUAAAAAAAUGUAAAGAAGAAUAUGAAAAUCGUUGCAAUGCAUUUGAACAAUUUGAUAAUCAAAAUGGACCACUUAGUGUUGAUGAUGAAGAGAAACGUUCAUUGGCAAAGCAAAAAAUGCUUUGUAAUAUUAAAUUUAUUUGUGAAUUGGGUAAACAACAAUUAUUACCAAAAAAUAUAUUACAUGAUUGUAUUAAACAAUUAUUAUCACGGGCGAAAAAUCAAAGUUUCGCUGAUAAAAUGCAAGAUUUGGAAUGUUUAUGUGAAAUAAUGAAAAAUAUUGGCCAUUUAUUGGAAACAAGUGAAAAAGCAAGCAUUUUAUUAGAUCAAUAUUUUGAUCGUAUGAAUACUUAUUCAAAAAGUAAUGAAAUUAAUUCACGUAUUAAAUUUAUGUUAUUGGAUGUUAUUGAUUUAAGAAAGAAUAAUUGGAUUCCUCGCCAAAAAGAUGUCCUUCAAAGUAGUGUUGCGGAAAAGGUGCCUGAAAAAGAAAAUAAUGGUUUAUUAUCAUCAUAUGGUACAUUAUAUCAUAUGCAUCAUUUAAGACAUGGUGGUAUUGGUGUUGGUGGUGGUGGUAAUCCAUUAAUGAAUCAAGGUAGAAUGGAUGAUAUGUUUGCACCAAUGCCAAUUGGUCCAAUUUAUCUUGGUACUGGUCCUGGUGCUAUAAAUGAUCAUAAUUUUUCACAAUGGAAUAAUCAACGUCGGCCUAAUUAUAAUCAGAAAAAUUCAUCAUCAUAUUCAUCGGGAAAUAUGAAUAAUAAUAAUUAUAAUUCACAUCAACAACAACACCAGCAACAACAACAACAAUCAUCAUCAAUGAUGAUGAUGAAACGAGAUAAUCAAUCAAAUUAUCGUCAGAAUUAUCAACAACAACAACAACAACAUAAUAAUAAUAUGGCUUCAAACAAUCAAAAUAAUACAAUGAAUGGAAUGAAUAAUAUGCGUGAAACAUCAUCAACAGUAGCAAAUUUACCACCACGUUUUCAAAAACAACAAAUGAAACAAAAUACAAAUUUAUCAUUUAUAAAACCACAAUUUCAACAACAACAACAGCAAAAUAAUUUUCAGGAUCAUAAUCAACAACGUAUGAUGCCAAUGAUGAAACCACAGCAGCAACAGUUUAUCAAUAAUAAUGAUAAUAAUCGUUCACAAACAACUGCAUUUAAUCGAUUACCAUCAUCAACAUCGACAACAACAACAAAUCCAUUUCAAAAACCGAAUAAUACAUUUAGUAAAUUUAUAAAUCCAACAAAAUUGAAUGGAAAAGAUGUUUCUGGUGGUAAUAGUGUUUUGGCUAAUGGAAUGAAUCAAAUGCGUUUACAAGAUGAUACAAAUAGUGGUGGCAGUGGCAUUGGAGGUGGAAAUAGUGGUGGUGGUGGAAGUGAUGACACUCAAAACAAAGAUGAACCUGUUAAUUUAUUUUUCGAAAUUGAAAAACUUCUUAAUGAAUAUUAUACGGAUGAAAAACAAUUGGAUGGUAUUAUACAAUUUUUGAAAACAACUACAUCAAAUUUUGAUGAAUGUCUUUUAUCAAUUAUGCGUAUAAAUAUUGGUAAAUCAGAACAGGAACGUGAACUAACCAAUAAACUAUUGAACAAGAUAAAAUCCGAACAAAUUGUUGAUGAUUCAAUAUUUUUAUCAUCAUUGAAAAAUUUGUUUUCAAAAAUUAAUGAAUUAGAAGUGGAAACACCACGUGCACGAACAUAUGUUGCUGGUUAUAUUGCUAUGGCUAUUAUUGAAAAUGUAAUUUCAUUGAAAGAAAUUGGUGACCUAUUGGAUGGUGGACAACAUUAUCCAUUAUUUCCAUUAAUAUUACAAAAUCUACAUAAAGCAAAAGAUCAAGAAUGGUUGUUUGAUUUAUUUACUGAAUCAAAAAUUAAUCUAAUGCAAAUGGUACCUGAACCGGAUCGUAAUAAAGAACGUAUGGCUGAUAUUUUGGAAGAUAGAAACCUGACAUUUUUAUAUCCAAUGUUACGUAUUGAAUCGGAUAUAACAAAACAAAUAACAAGUGAUUGUUCACCAAGUUCAUUAUAUCGUUGGCUUAAAGAUAAUGUUAAUCAAACAUUACAAAAUAGUACAGAAUUUAUAUCGGUUGUAUUUUCAACUCUGUUGAAACAUAUUAUAUCCAAAUAUAAUAAUCCAGAUAAUCCAUUUGUUUUUUCAACCACCCUGUUUGCACAACAAGAAAAUGAAUUGAAAAAAUAUUCAACAAUAUUACAGAAAUUUUUAUCUGGUAAACAUGAUUUACAGUUAAUUGUACUUUAUUCAUUACAAACAUAUUGUUAUGAACAUAAUUUUCCAAAAGGAUUAAUUGAAAAAUGGUUUAAUAUGCUUUAUGAACAAGAAAUUGUUGAUGAUGAUGUAUUUUUUCGUUGGCGUGAAGAUAUUAAUGAAGAAUAUCCAGGGAAAGGUAAAGCAUUAUUUCAGGUAAACAAAUGGCUUAUAUGGUUGGAAGAAGAUGAUGAUGAUGAUGAAGAAGAUGAUAAUGAUGAUAACGAUGAUGGCGAUGAUGAUGAUUUUGAUAAUUCAUUGGAUCAACAACGUGAAACAUGGAAUAAAAAAUUAGAUUUUCUUCUAUCGGUCAUCGGUUUUGCUGUUGAUCUUUCAAAUGUAUGGCGUUUUCCAUAUUUAUGUUUCAAAAAUGGCGGUGGUGCAUUUUUAAUACCAUAUCUAAUAAUGUUAGCAAUUGGUGGUGUACCAUUAUUUUUUAUGGAAUUAGCAUUAGGACAAUAUCAUCGUAAAGGUGCUAUUACUUGUUGGAGUCGUGUUGUGCCUUUAUUUAAAGGCAUUGGUUAUUCAGUAGUAUUGAUUGCAUUCUAUGUUGAUCUUUAUUAUAAUGUUAUUAUUGCAUGGGCAUUACAUUUUUUUUUCAAAUCAUUUUCAACUGAAUUACCAUGGUCAAAAUGUAAUAAUGAAUGGAAUACGGAAAAAUGUUUUGAAAUUAAUGAAUUAAUCAUUAAUAAUAAUAACCGUACAACAAAUCUUUCGGGUAAUACAUCCAAUUUAAUACGAAAUUCAGCUGCAUUAGAAUAUUUUAGCCGACAAUUUUUACAAUUUCAUCAAAGUCCGGGUAUACAGAAUUUAGGUGAAAUACGUUUGGAAAUUGCAUGCAGUUUAUUGAUGGUUUAUAUUAUCUGUUAUUUUAGUUUAUGGAAAGGCAUUUCGACAUCAGGAAAAGUUGUCUGGUUUACGGCCCUAUUUCCAUAUGUUGUCCUAUUCAUAUUGCUUAUACGUGGAAUAAUGUUACCUGGUGCUAUUGAUGGUAUCCGUUAUUAUCUGACACCAGAUUUUAAUGCCCUCUACGAUGCAAACGUAUGGGUUGAUGCUGCAACACAGGUAUUCUUUUCGCUUGGUCCUGGAUUCGGUGUACUAUUGGCAUUUGCAAGUUAUAAUAAAUUUCAUAAUAAUGUUCAUCGUGAUGCUGUACUAACUAGUGCUAUAAAUAGUGCAACAAGUUUUUUGGCUGGUUUUGUUAUCUUCUCAGUAUUAGGUUAUAUGGCAAAAAGAUUAGAUGUUGAUAUUAGGGAUAUUGCUGCUGAAGGACCUGGCCUAGUAUUUAUUGUUUAUCCAGAAGCUAUUUCAACAAUGCCAGCUGGUCCAAUAUGGGCUAUUAUAUUUUUUCUAAUGUUACUGACAUUAGGUUUAGAUAGUUCGUUUGGUGGAAGUGAAGCAAUAAUAACCGCUAUUAGCGAUGAAUAUCCAUUAGUUAAACGUAAUCGUGAAACAUUUGUUGCCAUUUUAUUUUCAAUUUAUUUUCUAAUUGGUUUGGCCAGUUGUACACAGGGCGGUGUAUAUAUCGUACAUUUUAUGGAUCGUUUUGCAGCUGGUUAUUCAAUAUUGUUUGCCGUUUUAUUCGAAGCGAUUGCCAUUUCAUGGAUUUACGGCGUACGACGUUUUUCACAAGACAUUAAACUAAUGGUCGGAUUUGAAAUCUGUUGGUGGUGGAAAUUUUGUUGGGCUAUAAUGGCACCAUUUUUCAUUAUGUUCAUAAUCGUAUAUGGCUUAAUCAAUUAUGAACCAUUAAAAUAUCAUGAUUAUGAAUAUCCAAUGUGGGUAAAUUAUUUAGGUUUAUUGAUUGCAUCAUCAUCAAUAUUAUGUAUACCGAUAACAGCCAUAUGGAUGAUUCUGAUCACUUCAGGAUCAUUAAAAGAGCGAAUAAUAAAAUUACUUAAACCAUAUGAUGAUCAACGAAGAAAAAUAUUAAUGUUACGUGUUGGUGGUGGUAAACAAUCAAAACAUAGUAUGGAUACAUUUCAAUCGAUCAGAUCGCCUGUUAGUAAAGUUUGAAAUGAUUCUUCGUCAGAUUCUCCAAUUCUUUCUUCAGUUACAUUACAAUUUUAUUUAGUUGAAACAAAAAAAUUUUACCUAAGAAAAAACA